UGUUUCUUCGAUAUGUUACAUUUUUAAUUUUGGGGACGCUGGCCUCUUAGCCCGAGUCUCCUAAAACGGCCCAUAUGAUUCUUCAACUAAAACCCUGACUAAAACCCUAAGACCUAGAACCUUCUACUCCCAUCCAGAUCAACUUGAUUCACACUGUAUCACUUCCUUCUUCCCCUCAUUUUUAUACAGAUCCACUCUUUAGACUCUUCUCUCCAUCACACCACAACCAAACCUUCCGUUUCUAGUAUAUUUGAAGCAAAAACUUCUGAAUGGCGAGGCGCUUGAUUCCAACUCUCAAUCGCGUUCUUGUGGAGAAAAUCCUUCCUCCUUCCAAAACUACUGGUGGAAUUCUCCUUCCAGAGUCCUCCACCAAGCUGAAUUCAGGGAAAGUGAUAUCUGUGGGUCCUGGAUUGAGAAGCAAUGAAGGGAAAACCAUCCCCACUUCUGUUAAAGAAGGUGAUACUGUGCUUUUGCCUGAGUAUGGCGGUACCCAAGUUAAGCUUGGUGAUAAAGAGUACUUUUUGUACAGGGAUGAGGACAUCUUAGGCACUUUGCAUGAGUAAUUGAAUGGAAAUGAACAUUAUACUUAUCAUCCAAAAUGGGCUUUUGUAAUAGAGCUUUUAUAUGUUGGAUCCCAUGGAUGUAACUUGUUAACGUUGAAGAUUAUUAAUUUAAUUAGUCUACUUUUGGAAUA